AGUCACCACGCCACCUCCCUUGCGCCAUCAGCUAUAUCACCCUAGCCACAUCCGUGUCCCUUCACGGAUACCUCACCUCUCCCCCCUGAUCGGCAUCGGCAAUCGGCAUGGACAACGACGACAAGGUCCGGAGCGCCGACGUGAAGACGUGCCGCGUGUGCGCCGACGAGGUCGGGACGCGGGAGGACGGGCAGCCCUUCGUGGCGUGCACCGAGUGCGGCUUCCCCGUCUGCCGGCCGUGCUACGAGUACGAGCGCAGCGAGGGCACGCAGUGCUGCCCGCAGUGCAACACCCGCUACAAGCGCCAGAAAGGGUCCCCGAGGGUGGAAGGGGACGAGGACGAGGGCCCGGAGAUGGACGACUUCGAGGAGGAGUUCCCCGUCAAGAGCCCCAACAAGCCUCACGAGCCCGUCCCGUUCGACGUCUACUCCGAGAACGGCGAGCAGCCGGCGCAGAAAUGGCGGACGGGAGGCCACACGCUGUCGUCCUUCACCGGAAGCGUGGCCGGUAAGGACCUGGAGGCGGAGAGGGAGAUGGAGGGCAGCAUGGAGUGGAAGGACCGGAUCGACAAGUGGAAGACCAAGCAGGAGAAGAGGGGCAAGCUGAACCACGACGACAGCGACGACGACGACGACGACGACAAGAACGAGGACGAGUACAUGCUGCUGGCCGAGGCCCGCCAGCCGCUGUGGCGCAAGGUCCCGAUCCCGUCCAGCAAGAUCAACCCGUACCGCAUCGUCAUCGUGCUCCGCCUUGUUGUCCUGUGCUUCUUCCUCAAGUUCCGGAUCACGACGCCCGCCAUGGACGCCGUGCCGCUGUGGCUGGCGUCCGUCAUCUGCGAGCUCUGGUUCGCCUUCUCCUGGAUCCUGGACCAGCUCCCCAAGUGGGCGCCCGUGACGCGGGAGACGUACCUGGACCGCCUCGCCCUGCGCUACGACCGCGACGGCGAGGCGUGCCGGCUGUCCCCGAUCGACUUCUUCGUCAGCACGGUGGACCCGCUCAAGGAGCCCCCCAUCAUCACCGCCAACACCGUGCUGUCCAUCCUCGCCGUCGACUACCCCGUCGACCGCGUCAGCUGCUACGUCUCCGACGACGGCGCCUCCAUGCUCCUCUUCGACACGCUGUCCGAGACCGCCGAGUUCGCGCGCCGCUGGGUGCCCUUCUGCAAGAAGUUCGCCGUGGAGCCACGCGCGCCGGAGUUCUACUUCUCGCACAAGAUCGACUACCUCAAGGACAAGGUGCAGCCGACGUUCGUCAAGGAGCGUCGCGCCAUGAAGCGAGAGUACGAGGAGUUCAAGGUCCGGAUCAACGCGCUGGUGGCCAAGGCGCAGAAGAAGCCCGAGGAAGGGUGGGUGAUGCAGGACGGCACGCCGUGGCCCGGCAACAACACGCGCGACCACCCGGGCAUGAUCCAGGUGUACCUCGGCACCCAGGGCGCGCUGGACGUGGAAGGACACGAGCUGCCCCGGCUGGUGUACGUGUCCCGUGAGAAGCGGCCCGGGUACAACCACCACAAGAAGGCCGGCGCCAUGAACGCGCUGGUGCGCGUCUCCGCCGUGCUCACCAACGCGCCCUUCAUCCUCAACCUCGACUGCGACCACUACGUGAACAACAGCAAGGCCGUGCGCGAGGCCAUGUGCUUCCUCAUGGACCCGCAGCUGGGGAAGAAGCUCUGCUACGUGCAGUUCCCGCAGCGGUUCGACGGCAUCGACAGGCACGACCGAUACGCCAACCGGAACGUCGUCUUCUUCGACAUCAACAUGAAGGGGCUGGACGGCAUCCAGGGCCCUGUGUACGUCGGCACGGGAUGCGUCUUCAACCGCCAGGCACUGUACGGCUACGACCCGCCGAGGCCGGAGAAGAGGCCCAAGAUGACGUGCGACUGCUGGCCGUCGUGGUGCUGCUGCUGCUGCUGCUUCGGCGGAGGGAAGCGCGGCAAGGCCAGGAAGGACAAGAAGGGCGGCGCCGACGGCGGCGAGGAGCCGCGCAGGGGCCUGCUCGGCUUCUACAGGAAGCGGAGCAAGAAGGACAAGCUCGGCGGCGGCGGCGGGUCGGUGGCCGGCAGCAAGAAGGGCGGCGCGCUGUACAAGAAGCACCAGCGCGCGUUCGAGCUGGAGGAGAUCGAGGAGGGCCUGGAGGGGUACGACGAGCUGGAGCGCUCCUCGCUCAUGUCCCAGAAGAGCUUCGAGAAGCGGUUCGGCCAGUCGCCCGUGUUCAUCGCCUCCACGCUCGUCGAGGACGGCGGUCUGCCGCAGGGCGCCGCCGCCGACCCCGCCGCGCUCAUCAAGGAGGCCAUCCACGUCAUCAGCUGCGGGUACGAGGAGAAGACAGAGUGGGGCAAGGAGAUUGGGUGGAUCUACGGGUCGGUGACGGAGGAUAUUCUGACGGGGUUCAAGAUGCACUGCCGGGGAUGGAAGUCGGUGUACUGCACGCCGACACGGCCGGCGUUCAAGGGGUCGGCGCCCAUCAACCUGUCGGAUCGUCUCCACCAGGUGCUGCGUUGGGCGCUGGGGUCGGUGGAGAUCUUCAUGAGCCGCCACUGCCCGCUCUGGUACGCCUACGGCGGGCGGCUCAAGUGGCUGGAGCGCUUCGCCUACACCAACACCAUCGUCUACCCCUUCACCUCCAUCCCGCUGCUCGCCUACUGCACCAUCCCCGCCGUCUGCCUGCUCACCGGCAAGUUCAUCAUUCCCACGCUGAACAACCUUGCGAGCAUCUGGUUCAUCGCGCUGUUCCUGUCCAUCAUCGCGACGAGCGUGCUGGAGCUGCGGUGGAGCGGGGUGAGCAUCGAGGACUGGUGGCGGAACGAGCAGUUCUGGGUGAUCGGCGGCGUGUCGGCGCACCUGUUCGCCGUGUUCCAGGGCUUCCUCAAGGUGCUGGGCGGCGUGGACACCAGCUUCACCGUCACCUCCAAGGCGGCCGGCGACGAGGCGGACGCGUUCGGGGAGCUCUACCUCUUCAAGUGGACGACGCUGCUGGUGCCCCCGACGACGCUCAUCAUCAUCAACAUGGUGGGCAUCGUGGCGGGGGUCUCCGACGCCGUCAACAACGGGUACGGCUCGUGGGGGCCGCUGUUCGGCAAGCUCUUCUUCUCCUUCUGGGUCAUCGUCCACCUGUACCCGUUCCUCAAGGGCCUGAUGGGGAGGCAGAACCGGACGCCCACCAUCGUCGUGCUCUGGUCCAUCCUCCUCGCCUCCAUCUUCUCGCUCGUCUGGGUCAGGAUCGACCCCUUCAUCCCAAAGGCCAAGGGACCCAUCCUCAAGCCAUGCGGAGUCGAGUGCUGAUAUGAAUAUGAUCGAUCAGCGAGCUCACCUAGCUUGCUUGCAUUGCUUGUUGCAUACAGGCACCUACUUUUGGGGGCAGGCUUCGAUUCGAUCUACUCAUAUUCGACUUGUUUAAUUCUGUACAAUGCAAGUUUUGUGAUCGAGUGAGAUAAAGUGUUAAUUGGGUGUAAGAACUGUGGUGGAGGAUCGAGUUCACUCAAAUUAAAGGACAUUAUUUUUUUCCCCCUUCA